AUGAGGUUCUCCCAAGUCUCCGCUUUGGUCCUGGGGGUACCUAUAGUGACAGCAUCCGCAUAUUCAAAACGCCAAAACAGCACCACAGAAAAGCGCUACGCAAUCCUAGACAACGACUGGUCCCCCGCAGGAUCCAUCCCCUUCCUCAUGGCCCUCGACGCCGGAAUCGAAAUCCUCGGUCUCGCAUCUUGUACCUCUCCCUCCCAUCCCUUCCCCCACAACACAAGAAAAAAGUAUAACCACCUCGCUAACAUAAACAGCAACCUCAAAUACCUGGCAGAAACAAACCGCCUACCACGCCCUCUCCACCCUUGAAGUAGGGAACCUCUCCUCUUGUAUACCAGUCUACUACGGUGCCACACACCCGCUCAUCAACACACCAACCCUUUUUCAGGCAUGGGAAUCUAUCCACGGUUCUCUCCCAUGGGAAGGCGCAUUCAAAAAGUACAACGCUACGGCUGAAGAAUUAGGUGCUGAUCCAACUUCUGGAUCGGAUCCGAAUCGUAUCUCUAAAGGCGCGUUUGUACAGGGCUUUCCGAAUGUGACGGCCGUGGAGGGGACGAGUGCGGCGGCAAUGAUGGUGCGGAUGGUGAGGAGGUAUCCUGGACAAGUGAGUAUUUAUGCGGCGGGCGCGUUGACGAAUGUUGCCCUUGCGGUGAGGAUGGAUGAUGGGUUUGCGGGGUUGGCGAGGGAGUUGGUUGUUAUGGGGGGGUACGUGGAUGUUAAUUUGUUGCAGGUGUGUUUUUUCCUCUCUCUCUCUCUCUCUUUCUAUCAAGCUCGUCCAUUUCCAUUUCAUUUCUCUCCGUUUUUCUGUCGGGGAGAGUUGAUACUCGAGUGAAAUCUCAAUAUUUUAUAAUUACCUGCAACAUCAAACUUACAUCAAGCAAAAUCAGACCUCAGGCGAUAUCCUCCAAGCAGAUAUCAAUUCCGACAUCAACCUCAUGAUCGACCCCGAAGCCGCGAAGAUUGCGUUAACAGCCCUGUUCCCGAAUAUCGUCAUCGCGGGCAAUGUCGCGAACCAGGUUAUGUCCACCCAAGCGUUUCUCGAUGAGGUGUAUGAGGUGGAGAAUCCUUAUAGUUAUCUCAUGAAUAGGUAUUAUAACGCUGGUGGCACGUUUCCGUUUUGGGAUGAGACGGCGAUGGCGGUGUUGCUUGACCGCGGGGUGGUGGUUAAUUGUAGUACUGGUAUAUCCCCCGUCUCUCACCUUCCUCUCACCUCCAUACUGUACAUAUAGGAAAGGCACAGAGCUGAUAAUGAGGUGAAAUUAGUUUACAUCGACGUCGACACCGCGUACUCAUCACCUAAUUAUGGGAAUAUCCAUGUUUAUCAGGAGGCGCUUAUGCCGCCUGGUUUGAGGAAUGUUACGUAUGUGCAUGAGAUUGAUGAGGGGAAGUUGAGGGAGAUGGAUAAGAGGAGUGUGCAGUUUCCUAAGAGUUGUAAGGAUUUGAGGUAGUGUUAAGCG